AAAAUUGCUUCAAAAUACUCCAAAAUUGCUUCAAAUGUCUGAUAUUCGAGAAGAAAUUAAACAAUCACAACAAAAAGAGUAAGUAAUUUCGUUAGUUUUGUUCAUUUUUUGAGAUUGUAGUGCAAUUUUAUGUGUGAAACCUUAAUUUUGUUCAUUUUGUUGCGAUUGUAGUGCGAUUUUGCAAAAAACCACUACAGAGAAGAACAUGAAAGAAGAAACUGCAAAAUCGGAGCAAAAUGUAUCUAAAGAGUAAGUAAUUUUGUUCAUUUUCUUUCGAUGACAAUUAUAGUGCGAUUUUAUGUGUGAAACCUAAUUUUUGUUCAAUUUUUUGCAAUUGUAGUAUGAUUUUGGAGAAAAAUACUUCACAGACGAGUAAUUUGUUGAAAAUUUCUGAAGAAAUAGACGAUGAUGAUGAUGUACCUCUUCAGUCAAGAGUAGACAAAUUGAAAAAAAAACCGCCAAAAUGAUCCAAUUGUAGAUCCGGAACUUUUAAAAGAUAUUGACAAGUCAAUUGGUACGGAUUUAACAAUGUCUCCACUACCAAGUGAACAAAGUGAGAACAUUCCUGCUACUAAUGCAACAACUAAGAGUGUGUCUGCUACACAUAACACAACUGACAAAGAGAGUAGGGAUGAAAGCAAGCAAGAAGAAGUUCAACCAAAAGUGCAAAGCAAUCCAGUAAAGAAUAGUCUUGGCCAAAAAAAGUACAAAGAAUCGACAAUCAGAAUUAUGAGAAAUCUCAAAAGAAUGGAAAAGGCAAGCAAGGAAAUCAGGAAAGGUGAAGCAAAAAAGAAAGAAAAAGGGCCAAUAGAAGAGAAAACUGUGGAAAAAGAAGUACAAGAAGGAAAAAAAGGGACUGAAAAAGAGAAAAGCCCUAAAGACAAAACUGUGGAAGAUGUCUUUCCAAAGACAACAAAUGUAGAAGAAGGACAAGAGGGAAAAAAAGAGCCUGAAAAGGAGAAAAUCCCUAAAGAGAAAACAGUGGAAGAUGAGUCUACAAAGACAACAGAUCCGAAAGCACAAAUUGCACCUGAUUUUGUUCAAAUUGAGGAUGAAACUUAUCUUCUAGAUCAAGAUGAUGAUAAAGUUUCCACAAAACUUAGUGAGGAGACAGCUCCAUCAUCACAAAAAAGUGAUCAGUCAACCAAAAUGAAAACAAGAUACAAAAUGGUUGCAAGGAAAAACAAAAACAAAAGCCUUGUUGUUGUGCCAAGUGGUAGAAUUACAAGGAGCCAAGAUGUUCUGUUAGAUGAAUCUGAAAAGGGAAGCCUGAAGAAGGAUGUUGAACCUGCUAAAGAAACCGCAAAAAUAGGACAGAAGAGAAGAAUGUCUACAAGGAAUUUUCCUAUUCAAAAGGAAGCUGAUGCACCACCUCCAGCACCUACUCCAAUAAAAAAAAUGGCAGGUGCUCCUGCUGAAUAUCCUCCAGACCAAGGCAAAAAGGGUGGGAAAAAGAAAACUCUAGAAGAAGUGAAGAAAACUUCUAAGGUUGCUGGCAAAAGAAAAGCAGAUGUCAGUCCUGCCAAGAGAAAUGCUGGAAAGAGAAAAAAAAUACAAGAAGUACCAUCAGAUGAACCCUCUCAAGAUCCUACUGAUGAAAGUUCUACUGACAGUGAUGAUGAUAGUGAAGAGUCAGUUUAUAGAGCAGAAGAAGAGCCUGUCAGUGAGGAUGAUUAUGAGGUGGAGGAAGAGGAGGAAGAGGAAGAAGUAAAGCCAAGGAAGAAACAGGCAAAGAAAGGGAAUUCAGUGAAGGCAAAGGUUGAAAAGGAGGAGCAAAAGAUGGUACUGUAUGAUGAAGGAAAGAUUGAAGGUAGGAGAAAAAAGAAAAUGAAAACUGAAAUGGUUCAAGCAAUAGAAACUGAUGAAGUUGAGGAAAUUCAGGAAGAUGAAUUUGAGGAAGAGAAAUCUUCAAAGAGAGGAGGACAUGUGAAGUUCAUUUUAUAUAAACAAAUUUUCAGCAACAACAAGCACACGCCCGAUGAAAAUUUUACCCUACACCCUAGUGUAGGGUGUGUUCCCUACACCCCCCCUAUGCUACGUCGUUUUGUAGCUGGUAUUGAGUUCCCUUUUGCGAUUCUUUCCUUUUUUUUUUUUUUUUUUUUCCUUUUUUUCUUUUUUUCUUUUCUUCCUCUUUUUUCCUUUUUCCUUUGAUUCUUAUUAUUCAAUUUAUGUAUAUAUAUGAUUUUAAACCCUAUUUUUUCUCUCUCUUCAAUUGAUCAACCAACCUCCAUUUUUGAUCUACAUUUUUCUCUCGCUAAUUCAUCUUCUUCAUUUGAUUUUUUGAACGAAUUCGUUAAUUGUUACCGAUCAUCAAUGGCGAAUUCUGCAUCUGGAGAUUGCGUUGAUUUUGAUCGCGAUUGCGAGCGUGUGUUUCCUUCUGGACUUCGUUUCGUUGAUUCGUUUGUGCAACAAUUGGAAAAAAAUGAUGAUAUUAUGUAUUUAGAAGCAGAACAGUCUGAAUUAAA